AUGGAUCCAGCCGCAAGGGCAUCCCAUCUGGAUACCGACGUCGCGGCAGUCCCACAUCUGGUCUGCCCGAAGUCGCAUUGGGAGGUCCAGCGGUGCGCGGUGCUCCGCAUCGACGGGAUGACCUGCUCCAACUGCAGCAACGCCGUCACCAAGGCGUUGGAGAGUCACGGGCGGGUCAACAAGUGCGAGGUGGACCUCAUCAAUGAGAAGGCCAGAGUCUGGUAUGUCGCGUCGAAGGACUUUUCCGCGAAGGAGAUAUGUUCCGAGGUGGAGGACAUCGGAUUCGGUGCCACCAUGAUCUCGGACGCACUCGCACAGAGCGUUGCGGUGCUCCGCAUCGACGGGAUGACCUGCUCCAAUUGCAGCAACGCCGUCACCAAGGCGUUGGAGAGCCUCGAGCGCGUCAUCAGGUGCGAGGUGGACCUCAUCAACGAGAAGGCCACGGUCCAGUACUGCGCGUCAGCGGAUUUUUCCGCGAAGGAGAUCUGUUCCGAGGUGGAGGACAUCGGCUUCGGUGCUGCCACCAUCUCGGACGCGCUCGCUCAGAGCGAGGAUACCGGCACUGCAGUGCUCCAUCUGCUAGAUUCGGAGACCGCGGGGGCCUCCGCCGCGACCCUCAGGUCCACCACGGGUGUCGCAGACGUGAUGGUUGACGGCAACCUCCUGAAGAUAACAUACGACCCCGCAAGGGUCGGCGCCCGCAAGCUCCUCAAGUCCCUCGGCGCGGGCAAGAGCGGGCCAGGCGUGUCCCUCGCACCGCCAGAGCUGGUCGCGGCCAGGUCCAGCACGGAGCGCCUGCCGGCGGGCCUGGUGACUGCGGUGACCCUCACCGCCGCGAUCGUGUCCGUGUGCUGGGUGCUGCCGUGCUUCGAGCACUGCGCUGCAUUCCUCAACUGGGAGGUCGUCCCCGGCCUCACACUCAUGAUGAUGCUGCUCUGCGCCCUGGCUGCGCCCGUGCAGUUCUACAGCGGCUGGCGCUUCCAUGCUGGUGCGUACCACGCGCUGAAGUCGGGCGUCUGGGACAUGAACGUCCUCGUCUCCCUGGGCAGCGGCCUGACGUUCGGCUACUCCUUUCUCGUCAUCCUCUUCGUGGUCGUGGGCAGCAGGUACUACAAGCUCCACGACUGCAAGAUCCCCCCAUCGGCAUUCUUCGAGGCCCCCUCGGUGGUCGUGACCUGCAUCCUCGUGGGCAAGACGCUCGAGUCCUGGGCCAAGAGGAGCACCGCACGGUCCCUGCGGGAACUCUUGAAGCUGCAGCCGCCCACGGCCCACCUGCUACUGGCAGGCAGCACGGAGGCCUCGACGGUGCCCGUGGAGCUCCUCGAGCUGGGGGACACCGUGCAGGUAUUCCCCGGAGAGGGCGCCCCCGCUGACGGCGUGCUCGCCUCCGAGGCGGGCGCGGCCGAGUUCGACGAGUCCCUGCUCACGGGCGAGUCGCGCCCAGUGGUGAAGCAGAGGGGGGAUUUCAUCAUCGGCGGCUCGAAGUGCGUCAGCGGCAGGGUGGAGCUGCAGGUGCAGCGCCUGGGGAGCCGGACGAUGCUCUCGCAGAUCCUGGGGCUGGUGCAGAAGGCACAGCUGAGCAAGGCGCAGGUGCAGCAGGUGGCGGAUGAGAUCGCCCAGCGGUUCGUCCCCUGCGUCAUCAUACUCGCGCUCCUGACCUGGGCAACCUGGUAUGCCCUCGUCUACCGCCUGGAUCUGAUUCCGCUGUCCUCCAUCCUCGAUGGCCGCUCCAGCCAGUGGCCAGAGAUCGACAGGUUCUUCUUCGUGCUGGAGCACGGCCUCACCGUGCUGCUGGUUGCCUGCCCCUGUGCGCUCGGGCUGGCCACCCCGACGGCCGUCAUGGCCGCGACGGGUGCGGCGGCCAAGCAUGGCAUCUUGGUCCGGACGGGCGCCGUGCCUCUGGAGCUGGGCUCGAAGGUCAGCAGCGUGGUCCUCGACAAGACGGGCACCCUCACGUGCGGCCGGCCCCGGGUCACGGAGGCCGCCGCCGCCUGGGCUGCGGGAGCCUCGCAGCAGCGGGCGCUGCACGUGCUGGUGGAGGCGCACCGGAGGGCCACGGGCGCCUCGGCCCGUGGGGCGCCGGAGCGGCCGGCGGUGGCGAUGACGUGGCUGCAGGAGCCCGGCAGCGCCUCCCAGGUGGUGCUCCCGCAGACCGACGCCGCCGCGCGGCGCGCGCAGUCGCGCGGCGAGGCGGAGCGCGCCCUGUGGUGGGCCAUCGGCUCUGCGGAGGUGUCCAGCGAGCACCCCGUGGCGAAGGCGCUCGUCGAGACGGCGGGCGCGGUGGCGAGAGGCCCGCUGACGAAGCCCAGCACCUUCGAGAACAUCACCGGCGUCGGGGUGCGGUGCACUCUGGCGGGCCUGGUGGUGGACGUUGCCUCCGCGACGAGCGUCCUGGAGCUCCGCAGCGGCGUCCCCGCCGGCGCGGGUGACGCGCUGCCCGAGUGGAUCGCGGCCAUGCGGGCCGGAGGCGCCACGGUGGUGGCCCUCGCGGUGGAGGGCGUGCCGCUCGCUGCGGUGGCCCUGCAGGACGCGUUGGCGCCGCACGCGCGGUCGUGCGUGGCAUCGCUGCAGGUUGCUGGGGUGGACGUCUGGAUGUGCAGCGGGGACCACCGGGUGGCUGCCCGUAGCGUGGCGCGCCAGUGCGGCAUAGACGAGUCGCGUGUCGUGGCGGAGGCUCUUCCGGCAGACAAGGUCAGCACGGUCGAGAGACUUCGCGCCCAGGGCGGCAAGGGCAAACAGCACAAGGUGGUCGCUAUGGUUGGAGACGGCGUGAACGACGCGCCUGCGCUGGCCACCGCCGACAUCGGCAUUGCUAUCGGAGCAGGGCACGACGUGACCGUGGAGGCUGCCGACAUCGUCCUCGUGCGUUCGGACCUCCGCGAUCUCGCCGCCUUCUUCAUGCUCUCGCGUGACACUCUCAAGACGAUCAAGUUCAACUUCUUGUGGGCGUUUGUCUUCAACGUGUGCGCGCUGCCAGUCGCGGCUGGCGCGCUGUGGCACUGGAGGAUCAUGAUGAGCCCUCCUUUGGCUGCGUGCGUGAUGCUGAGCUCGUCGCUCUUCGUAUGUCUCAACUCGCUGUCGCUGAGCACUUUCCAGCCAGCGAGCACUACCUGGGAGGUUUGA